GUUCUCCUUUCUUAUUCUUUCAUUUAUCCAGACCAAUAUAAUGUUUAUUGAUACAAUUCCCAAACUGUUCAAUCGAGGUAGUACAUCCGACGAUCUGCUGAGAAAACUAAACAAAGUCAACAUCGGAUUUUGUGACUAGCCAUGGAGCAAACAUCCUUGUCACCAACAAACUGAAACUGGGACCAAAAUAGUUUUCCUCAACAACCAUUUAACAUGUUUAGACAGUUUAUUGAUACCCACGCUGGCUAGGAAUAUCCUGAAGGAAACCAUCGAGAUAUGACUGUCAGCAGGGAUUAGUGUUUAAACAAAAGCCAAAUGUACCAUUCUUCUAGAUUUUCUAAGCCAGCUUGUCCAAAAUCUACAUUCAUGCCAUGGAAGUGGCUGCAGUCAAGGGAGACGGGAUCUCCAAUUCAGACUGGAGAGACAAGCAAAAUCACAAAAACAUUCUAUUCUUCGGUGAAAGCUGUCAACAGCUGGGACCCCAACAGGAACACAGACCACUGUCACCAUGGAGGGAUAUUCAACUUUGAUUUUUCUGCUGAUGGGUCGGUUUUGGUGGCAGCCUGUGAGAGGCAGAGUAUACUCAUGUUUGACCCCUUCAAUGGGAAACUCGUCGGUCACAAGGACAAUGCCCAUCAAGACUGUGUCAACUGUGUCAGAUUCCUUGACACUCGAACAUUUGCCACCUGUUCGGAUGAUUCCACAGUUGCAUUAUGGGAUGUGCGGAACCUGCAGCAGCGCAUACGGACGCUGGAGGGUCACUCGAACUGGGUGAAGAACAUUGACUAUGCCUCAAGUCUGGGUCUACUGGUAACUUCAGGGUUUGAUGGCAGUGUCUACACCUGGGACAUCAACAACUACUCAACUGAAACUACAACUCGUAAGAAGGUCUUCUAUUCCAACUCCUUGAUGCGCUCAAAGCUGACGCCCGAUAAUUCCAAACUCAUCAUCACCACCGCUGGGGGCUUCCUCGUUAUCAUCCAUGACCUUGACCUAGCCAAGUUAUCAGAUGACCUCAGUGGGUUUGAACCAAACAUCUAUCGUCUGAUGCAGCUGAAUCCAACAAGCAGUGGCCUUGCACUGAUGUACAAUAAGGUGUUCGAGAGAAAGAGGAAUCGAGUUGAAAUCAUCAGCGACUUCCCGGCAGAAAACCAGGCUGAAGUCAUAGCUUCCCUCCAGGUGCACCCUCAAGGCUGGUGUGUGGUUUCCAGGAAUACCAGUGCUGAUGAAGAAUCAGAGUGGACAUGCAUCCACAAUGUACAAGAAGUCAGCGAAGCAGAUGCUCCACCCAGUCCCAGUCAAGCAUCAAAUCAAGAAUCAGAUGACAUCAGUGACAUGAGUGAAGCCGCCUCCAAAGCUUCUGAUGCCCAGCCAGGCUCCUCAUCAAACAGUGUCGGGGAUCAUUACUUGUCAGGAUGGAAUAUCCUGUCCCGAAGCUUGUUGUCAUCCAGCAUCCGUAGGUUCGGGCAGGUUGUGUAUAGGGAUGACAUGGACGAUGACGAGGGUCAAGACUUUGACCGGUUCCCUUCCCUCAACUUCCCCUUUGAGGAUCGACUGCAGCUAGGUAACAGGGUAGAUAACUCUGGAGAGUCACCAUUGUCUGAAUCAGGAUCAUUGUCUCAUGAUGAAGAAGAAGAAAUCAGCUUACGACGCAACUGUUUAAUCAGGGGAGGCAACUCUGUGGACCCUACUGCUUCAGAAGAUGAUCAGUAUGCUUCAAGGCAAAUUGACAAUGGCCGAAGGCGUUUCGUUUUAAAUACUGGACGAAAUAGAAUGGCAGGGGGCGCCUCAAACAGACACAAUAGGACCUUCAGCAAUAAGGUCCAUAAAAACAAACCUAGGUUAUUGCAUUAUGUUGAAGAACCCAAUGUGGGAAAGGGCUUUCUUAAGGAGUUGUGCUUCAGUACAGAUGGCCGAAUUGUCGUCUCGCCAUUCGGGAAUGGUGUGCGCUUGUUGGCUUUUGAUCCCUGCUGCCAGGAACUCUGUGACUGUGUGCCAACACGACCAAUCAAGAUGUUUGAAGUUGGCAGCAAUAUUUCCCACAGUAAUGUGGUUGUGACGACCAAAUUCUCUCCUGUACAUUUCAUGUAUGUGUCUGGCUGCCUUGGAGGCAAAGUGGUUUUCCAUCAGCCUGUUUUGUAAGUGUAAAGUAAUUAGGUGUAAUAGCUUUGGACAUUAAAAGUGGUAUGAAAAUAAA